AUGGGUGAGCUUGUAGAUGCUGCAAGAACAUUAGGUGAAACGGGAAAUUUUGUAGAUGGUUUUAAAAGACUUGUUUCAAAUGUUUUAACAAACACAAAGAAAUUAUUUAGAUAUACCGUACAUAACGGACAGAUUUUCGAACAGGUAGCAACAAACCCUCCGGUUAUGGCUGCGUUGAUGAUGGCUAGAGACAUAAACGAAGAGGAAGAAACAGAGGAACAACAGGAUACGGGUCAGGUUAUUCGAGACAUUAAAAACGUGUAUCCUGAAGUUAUUGAUUUAUUUAGAGGUGUUAAUGAUUUGAUUUCAAAUCAUUCUAUAACCCUUGAUGAAGAGAAUAAAUUAACAGAUUAUAUAUUUGUCAUUAUUGCAGAACUAAUGAAGCGAAUAAAUGAAAAAGGUAUUGAUGAUAUCAUUAAUGUCAGCGAUGUAAUGAUGAAAAGAAAUUUUGACUCAUUAUUUACAGAACCGAAAACAGAAUACAGUCUUUAUGAUGUAAUUACUGAAUUAAUGAAAAAGAUUAAUGAUAAUAAGAGCUCUGGCGGAAGAGUUGAAUUAGAAGUGAAUGAAAUUGAUGAGAAAUUAGAUAGUAAAGCAGAUAAAAACCAUGUUCAUUAUAUAAGUUCAGAUGAACAGAUUAUAACGGAUUAUCAUGGAUAUUUAACACAGGAUGAAGAAGUGAAUACGGAAGAUGUUAAUGAAAGAAGAUAUAAAUUCAUUCGUGCUGAAGGUUAUGACAUAAGAUGUGUUAUAAAUUAUGAUACAACAGGUAAAGCACCAGAAGCAUUUGAUUAUAACGAUGAAAUUUAUGCUUCAUACUUCUUUGUUAACGAUGUAUUAGUUGAACCAAGAUUUACUUUGAUGGUUAAGUCAAAAAUAACUGUUGAAGAUGCUAUUAAAAGUAAAGCUGAUGUAAAUCAUAUGCACCCUGAGUUAAAUCAAGAAAUAGUAAACUUAAGGCAUGAUUUAAUAACAGAACAUAACGACAUAAAUUCACUUCAAACUUCAUUAGACAGUAAAGCAGACAAGAACCAUACACAUGAAUCCUUCACAACUGUUAGAGCAGACGACAUAAUACUGAACUUUGAUUUGGGUUCAAGCGCACCUUUAGAAAAUCCAAGCACUAGCGUAAAAGACACGCUUAACAAUUUAGAUAACAGUUGCAGGAACAUUGAAGGUCAUGUCAGAAACUUUGAAGCAUAUGAACUACCAGCAAUGUUAGAUAAGAAAGCCGACAAAACUUAUGUAGAUGAAAAACAGAAUAUGCUAAAAACAAUGCAAUAG